AUGGACCACUACAACCAAACAGCGGACAGGCCUUAUGCCUCGCACGGCCAACCUAGGCUCGAGAUCCCUCAGGCUGAGCAACAACUGCCAUCUGUUCGGGAGGCCAUCCCUCCUCCACGCGGGCACACUCUCGAGACCCACACUCAAGAGGUGCCAUCCCACUCGAGGCCGGAAGCGGUGCCAUAUUUCAGCCCUCAAUCCACCACGAGCAUGAAUGUGGCUAGCAUCCCAACUCCGGUGUAA